ACAGUACCUGGGCCAGGAGCCGUCCCACCACCCACUCGGGGCUGGGAGCCUCUGACCGGACUCUGGCACCCACCUGAGCCCGAUGAGGAGCUGGGGCUGCAUGUGAACCUAUGCAGACCAGGAAGAAAUACAUUUUCCUGACUUUCCUUGCCUCUUGGCUCCUGCUUUUCUUCUUUGGAGGGGAUCAGCUGCGCCGUUUCGCUUUCUUUUCCGGGAGGAAAGCAGAAGCCCGGAGGAGCUGGCCCCGCUGGACGGAUCGCUCCCUCCUCCAAAGCUUCGCGGACCCCGAGGAGCUGCAGAGGGAUGGGGACCCUUCCCCGCUGUCCCCCCGGGAGCGGCGGGCGGCGUGGCUGAGCGGCUCCAGGAGCAGCAGAUGCCGGAUGGAAACCUGCUUCGACCUCUCCAGGUGCGAGAGGCACGGCUUCAAAGUGUUCACCUACCCCCAGGAGCGGGGCCAGCCCGUCUCGGAGACCUACGGCAAAAUCCUCAGCUCCAUCGAGCGCUCCCGCUACCACACGCUGAAGCCCGAGGAAGCCUGUCUGUUCGUGCUCGGCAUCGACACGCUGGACCGCGACCACCUCUCGGGCCACUACGUGCGGGACGUGGAUGAGAAACUCCGCGGCUUCCCGCUCUGGAACGGCGGCCGCAACCACCUCAUCUUCAACCUCUACUCGGGCACCUGGCCCGGCUACAGCGGCGAGCUGGGCUUCGACAGCGGCCAGGCCAUCCUGGCCAAAGCCAGCUUCGACACGCGCGGCUUCCGACCCGGCUUCGACGUCUCCAUCCCUCUGUUCCCCAGGGAGCACCCGCAGCGCGGCGGCCGGCUGCGCCGGGGCUCGCUGCCCCCCAAAAAGAAAUACCUGCUGGUGUUCAAGGGGAAGCGGUACCUGACCGGCAUCGGCUCCGGCACGAGGAACGCGCUGCACCAUAUCCACAACGGGAAGGACAUCAUCUCCCUCACCACCUGCAAGCACGGCAAGGACUGGGAGAAGCACAAGGACACGCGCUGUGACAAGGACAACGUCGACUACGAAAGGUUUGACUACCAGGAGCUGCUGCACAACUCCACCUUCUGCAUCGUGCCCCGGGGCAGGCGCCUGGGCUCCUUCCGCUUCCUCGAGGCUCUGCAGGCCGCCUGCAUCCCGGUACUGCUGAGUGACGGCUGGGAGCUGCCCUUCGCCGAGGCCAUCGACUGGGGCAAAGCUGCUGUGGUGGGCAGCGAGAGGCUCCUGCUGCAGAUCCCGUCCGCCGUGCGCUGCAUCCACCCGGAGCGUGUGCUGGCCUUCCAGCAGCAGACCCAGUUCCUGUGGGAUGCCUACUUCUCCUCGGUGGACAAGAUCGUGCACACCACGCUGGAGAUCAUCAAGGACCGCCUGUCUCCGCACCGCUCCCGCUCCCGCUUCCUCUGGAACGCGCUGCCCGGGGGGCUCCUGGUCCUGCCCGAAUUCUCCACCCACCUCGGGGAUUUUCCCUUCUACUACCUGCACCACGGCUACAGCCCCUCCAAGAAGUUCACGGCUUUCAUCCGGGCGGCCUCGCAAGCAGGGUCGCUGUCGCAGCCCCUGCUCAGGCUCAUCCAAGCCGUGUCUGGAUCCCAGCACUGCGCCCAGAUCGUGGUCCUGUGGAGCUGCGAGAAGCCACCACCCCCGAGCUGGAAAUGGCCCCAGAGCAGCGUGCCUCUGAGCAUCGUCCAGGGCAGGAGGAAGCUCAGCGACCGCUUCUUCCCCUUCGGGGCCAUCCAGACGGACGCGGUGCUGAGCCUGGACGAGGACACCAGCCUCUCCACCAGCGAGGUGGACUUCGCCUUCUCGGUGUGGCGCAGCUUCCCCGAGCGCAUCGUGGGCUUCCCCACGCAGAGCCACUUCUGGGACCCCGAGCAGGGGCGCUGGGGCUACACCUCCAAAUGGACCAACGAGCUCUCCAUGGUCCUCACGGCCGCCGCCUUCUACCACAGGUACUACCACAGCCUCUUCACCGAGUACCUGCCCGCGGGGCUGCGGGAGCUGGUGGACGGGCUGGCCGCCUGCGAGGACAUCCUGAUGAACGUCCUGGUGGCCGCUGUCACCAAGCUGCCACCCAUCAAGGUGACCCAGCGCAAGCAGCACAAGGAGGGGGUGGCGCAGCAGGAGGGGUGCAGCGAUGGGGCUGCGGGGACCCCCCCGCCCGGGCAGAGGAGCCCCCCGCACCCCGCCGCUGCCCGGGCGGGGGGCACGGCCGGGCCGCGGCGCUUCUCCCAGCGGCAGGACUGCCUCAACCAGUUGGCCGACUGGUUUGGCUACAUGCCCCUGGUGUCCUCCCAGCUGCGCCUCGACCCCGUCCUCUUCAAGGACCAGGUGUCCGUCCUGCGCAAGAAGUACCCGAGCCUGGAGAGGCCGUGAGGGCCGCCGGGGUCGGGGCCGGCUCCCGGUGCGGCGCUCCCGGGGCACGGAGCCCCCCGGGAGCGGGCUGGCUGCUGACGGGGUUUUACUCGUUACCGGCUUUUAGCAGUGCAAUAAAGGAGGGGGGAGAGGCA